AUGUUCCAAGCGGAGAAGGCCGCAGCCACCGAGUUCCGCGAUGCCGAUGGCUAUGACCUUGUGGGCGCUUGCUGUGCUUUGGAGACCUGCGGCCUACGGGACUUCCUGCCCUUCGUUUGCCGUUUCUGCGGGAAGAAAUUCUGCCAAGACCACGCGGACGCCGCGAAGCACGACUGCCACGCACUGGUGGAGUCCAAAGGUGUUCUGGCGACCAGCUGCCCCCGCUGUGGACAGACGGUGAAGUGGAAGGACGGUGAAAGCUCAGAGGAGCAAGCAUUGCAGCAACACGCCUGUGCGGCGUCCCCCAAAGCGGCUGCUGAGAUUUGCCCAGCGAAGGGCUGCAAGAGCAAGUUGACUGCGAUGAACUCCGUCGUUUGCGGAGAGUGCAAGACCAAGGUUUGCCUGAAGCACCGUUUCGAGGACCAACAUCCCUGCCGUGAGAGCAAGGCUGAGUGGUUGUCCAAGUUGGCCGCUCCAAAGACAUCGGCGGGUCCUACCGGGACGACCUUCUGGGGCUCGGGCACUUUGGGGACGACCACUGCGAAGGAGGAGACGCCACCCAAACCAGCGGAGGUGUCGGCGCCACAGCUGCUAGAGCUGAAGAGUCGCCUGGGCGGCACAGAGGAGCAGAAGGCCGUUUGCCUACAGACCCUGCGUCGCUUGCUGUCCAACGUCCAGAAGGACCCCACGAACGCCAAGUACCGCCAGGUCCGCCGAGAGAAUCAGGCCAUCAAAGAGAAGAUACUCGAUGUCCCUGGCGCUGAGGACUUCAUGAAAGCCUUAGGCUUCGAAGAGCAGGGCGAGAUCCUCCAGCUGCCUGAGGGCGUCUCACUGAAACGCAUUGACGCACUGCUCACCAUGGACAAAGUGUUGAAUAACUUGCGUUCGAUCCAAACUCGUUGUGAUUGUGGCAUUGGGGAGAAUCGUCGCUUGUCUUACCAGAGCGCGCACGAGAUCUAUUUGCUGGCGGGAGAAGUGGCCGGCCAGCUUCAGCUUCAACUGCCUGCAAUACAAGAACCUCCACGUGGCGGCUUUCAGCCAGAAGAUUACGCCCCCUUGGUCUGCGCAGAGGCAGAGGGGUUGAUUCGUUUGAUUCGGCAGUAUGAAGAACAGCUCGGGAAACUUCCAUUUCUGCGGACAGGAGCAGUCACAGAGGAAGUCGGGAAAUUGACAAAACAACUCGACAACAUCCGGUCUGCUAUGAGUGAAGUAAUGAGACUCUGCCCAGAGAACUCCGAUGUAAACUCAUCGCAGAUGCAUAGUGAGACACGGGAGACCACUGCAUCCAAUCAAAGUGCCGCUUCAAUGAAGGUUGCAGUCAAACUCAUGCAUUGGCUUCAAGGCAGGGGCUAUCCAAGAAAAGACAAAGAAUUUGAUCGCCUGCCAGACUUUCUUGACUUGCAUGACCUUGGAGAAGCUUUGCUUUGUGAACUCAAUUCAAUGGUUGUUGACUUCGACUUGACACUGGAUGGCACCAUUCUUCAGAAUGAAAACACCAAGCAGGUACUGAAACGAUUGAAGGGUGAAGGCUCACGAGGUGUUUGCAUUUUUCUGGUGCUGAAAGGGGAUCAGCUCGUUAGCAUACCAGCAGACAAAGCAACAAAAAUCCUGGUGUGUAUCGAUGGCAACAUCGGGUCGCGAAAGUCUGACUUUAUGAAGAAACUCUUGGAGAUCAAUGAGAAAAGUGGGCACCAGCAAGUCAGAGUGAUCAGGGAGCCAUUGAAAGAACUGGAAAGUGAUCUGACUGAAUUCUGGAAUGCUGUGGAAGCGGGGGAGGAUGCCUCGGACGAGCAGCGUGCCCAGAGUUCUCGUUUCGAAGAAACCAUGUUUGAUCACCACUAUCAAGUGGCUACGAACCCAGACUUGAGAAGAACACAUUUGAUUUCGGAGAGAUCAAUGGAAGCAAAGGUUCAUGUGUUCAACGAGCUCACCUUUAAGAAGGGGAAACUUCUCAAGGAGUCCCGAGAUGAGAUGCAAAGGAAGUUCCACGUUAAUAUCCGUGGACAAAAAUGCUAUCAACCUCAUGCAGUGGUUUUCUUCGAGAUUUCAGUCCAGAAAGCUCAUGAGAGAAUCAAAGAGCGUAAUCGUCCAGGCGAAGAAUAUAUCACCCAGGACUAUUUGACGGACAUUGAAGCCAAGUAUGCCGCCCUCUACCCACCUUCUGCAGCCAAUGUCAUCCGACUUGACUCAGAUCAGCCAAUGGAAGACCUUCUCGUUGCUGUUCAGAGCGAGUUGCCCAAAUUGCUGAAGAAGCAACAAUGUGCAUCAGACGAAGAGAUUGACAGUUUCACACAGUUCUUCCAAGAUGCGUGUCUUCUCAGCGCCCGUCUUGGUCGCCCCCCGUGGCGUGCCGAAGGCUGCGAGUCCGGUGCCGCAGGCGUUCUGCCGGUGGGCGGAGGAGGUUUGGGUGUGGCUUACCCACGACUGGCAGGCAUCGAUACCAACGCCUGUUCCUUGGCACACCACAGGCGCUUGCUGUGCAGCGCCGGCAGCGGCCUCGGCGCCGCCUGGGCACCAGGCAGUGGCCCAAGGGCUGAAGCCAGCCAUUUGCUGCUGCUUCGACAUGGCACGCCCGUGCCGGAAGAGGAGAAUCCGGAGCGGCCGCUCUCGGAGCAGGGCCGAAGAGAAGCAGAGGACGUGGCAAAGAAGGUCACCAGCUACAUGUCUUCCACCGAGGGCCCAAUCUUCCUGGGCCACAGCGGCAAGCUCCGCGCCCAAGAAACUGCGGAGUCCGUGGCAUCCGCCCUGCGCGCGGCGGGGCGAGAGGUGAUCUGCGAGGAGGUGAGUGGAAUUAACCCAAAAGAUGACCCAACAGCGGCCAUGGAGAAGCUUUUGGAAGUACAAGUUCCCUCAGAAACUGGACGCCAUAUUACGCUGUUAUCUUCACCCAAAGCAAAGGUGAUAGUCUUAGUAGGGCACCUGCCCUUCAUGGGCCAAUUCGCCGCUGCGGUGCUGCAGUCCCCAGCGGCGGCCGGACGCCUGGGAGGCCUCUUUCAUCCAGCGUCAGGCCUGGCGCUGAAGCGAAGCGAUGCGAGCUGGCAGGAGGAUGGAGAACUGGCGGCGAGCCCGUAG